UAUUUCUGUUUAAAAUCUAUUUCCGUCCUCUUUCACUUGAUAUCAAACUUGUUUAAUUUGGAUUCGCUGUUUGUCUAUUAUCAGGAAAUAACUUUUAUUUAUUUCAAACUUAAAAAUAAGCUGUUAUUAUCGGUCCCUGGUUUUCAACGUUCAGCUAUUCAAACGUAUUGGAAAAUUUUAACAUGGGAAGAAAAGUCUGUUUCCAGGAGUAUUAUCAUCCUCGCGUAGGAUAUGCUCUAGCCAUUCCAAUCGUUCUCUCAAUAGUUCCCGAUAUUCGAUAUUGUAAACAUUUCUAAGCCACAUAAGAAAACGGCAAUGAUGACAGAUUUUAGAGUUUGAUUUUUGCGAUAGAAAUACUAUGUGAGCAUAAAACAUUCGUGGUUCAAUGUACAAUGAGUGCGAAAACAUUUUGCAUCACCCUGUAUUGAAAAUUUGAAAAAUUUUCCGGUAUAAAUAUGGUAGCAGGAUACGCUCAGUCACCAGUUACAGUUAAAAACUAUCUAAAGUCGCAACUAAUACUUAGUUACUCCAAACAGAGUCUUCAGUUAAAAAUGAAAAUAAUUUUCUUAUUUUCUUUGGCGGUUUGUGUGGCAGUCACGACGGCUAUGCCAUCAAAGAUGCCAACAAAUUACAAUGAAAAUUAUCCUGUCUUAAAAGAAAAUUUUCUCCAAAUCGUAGAUGAACUGUGCAACGACCACGACUUUCGAACAGACAACUACAAUUUAUUUGGGCAAUUAGUUUAUCUUCUGUUGACAUUACCAAACGAAGAAAAUUAUUUUCAAAACAAUUGUAGUAAAUAUUUAAGUAUUUCAAAAAAAGCAUUGUCGGUACUUCUUCGUCUAAAAAAUAUUGAGAACACAAACUACGAGAAAUUCGACUCGCCUCCAAAGAGAACCUUAGACAGUAUAGGUGGUGGUCAUUUGAUCAAAAGAAGCGACAUUUUACUAUAAAAUCUACGCCACAAAUCAUUUAAGUUGGUUUUUAUGCUUUGAGAAAUAUUGAAACGAAUACUUGAUUUAUAAGAAAACUUAUUUAUAAGUGCAUGGACUUAUUAUAAUGUAUACAAUUUUUUAUAUUU